AUGAAUUACACAGAGGACAGUGAACCUUCUAAAAUGGCAGAUUCGCACUUACCUGCUGUAGUCGCCAAUAUUGUCAUCGCUGGCUUUCUGUGUUAUACCACCACUAUGAUGAACACUGUAACAAUCUACGCGCUGUGGAAAACCUCUUCAUUGUCAAAACCUUUGAAAACAUUGCUUUUAAGCCUUGCUGUAUCUGAUCUUGGUGCUGGCCUUCUGAGUCAGCCAAUGUACAUCGCCUUCUUGGUUGAAAAGGAUUUACGAUCCAAGAAUCCUAAGACUCUUGACGAUUUUUCUACAGUCGUAUCCAACAUCCUUUUUUUAACUUCGUUUUGCAGCAUUACAGCCUUAAGUACAGACAGAUUCCUUGCCAUUCAGUGGCCUCUUCGUUACCAAGAAAUUGUGACCCACAGACGAGUAGUGAUUCUUGUCAUGGCAAUAUGGCUAACCACUGUAGUCUUUAUACCGAUCGAUGUCCUCGUGAUAAGCCGAAAAUUUCCAAGUGUCUCUACCGCAAUUUUUUUCACCAUCCAUUCGCUGUCCUUUUUUACUUCCACAUUAACUUCUUUCAGGAUUUAUUUAACAAUUAGGCGUCAUAGCAUUCAAAUUCAGACUCAAACACAGCAUGUAACACAAAAUAACGGCCUGAUAAAUAUGGCGAGGAUAAAAAAAUCCGCUCAAAGCACUAUUUGGAUUUACCUCGUAUUUUGGGUUUGUUAUCUGCCCUACUUUUUUGUAUAUGUUUAUGGUUAUGUUGAAUCUAUUCCUCCACCUCGAGAGCUAACAAUGUUCACGGUGACUCUUGUACUUGUAAAUUCCGCCCUCAAUCCGGUCAUCUACUGCUGGAAGAUCAGGCAUUUUCGACCCUCCAUCCUAAGAAUCCUUCGAAAAAUAACUAAUCGCAACAACUUAGGCGAAAGAUCGGUUUACAGCUUUGACGGAUAAACAAAGAUGGAAAACUCUGCGACCUUUUUCGGAAAUAUUCUUACCAUCAUUUCUUGUCUCGCUGCAUUCGAGGCAUUAAGGUUAAAUGGGGCUCUUAUCUGCUGCUCUUUGAAAAGAAGCCAAGGGAAGGCAAGAGAAACUUUUGACAAGUUCAGUUUGGGAGCCCUGAUGAGGAAAUAUUUUAAAAUCGAUGUACUUCUUCAAACGGGGAAGAUGACUCACAGAAAAAAAGGUGAAACGUUCUCUUGUAUUAUUAACUCAGACAAAGAAAAAUCAAAAUAUUCAUCAACUUUUAAGCGUCAUGAACGAGAAGGUUAAAAGAGGACGAGGCAGCUGGUGAAUUAAAAACCGCAAAAUCGCAUGCAUUAAAGCAACGCUUACUUAACGAAAAGCAUAGGAGAAGGUGAACUAUAGUAAGGAGACGUUAGAAAGAACUAGAAGUAUGAAUUAAAUUGAAAAGGGGUGGGGUGAGGCUCUCGUGGCUGAAGAAAGUGAAGGGCCUUAGAAACGAUCAUAAGUCUAAAAGGAAAUCGACAAGACGAAAGCUGAUAUCUUAUAGGGUAUGUACAUGUGGAUAAAAAUGGAUAAAAUACAGCGAUUCUCAUGUUUACAAAUAGGCUGGGAUAUCUUGCAUGAUCAACUGUGGUGCAGCCGGAAACUGCAAGAGGUUAAACUGAUUCAGCUUAGACUUUUCUCUCAAAUUGCUUCAACAUUGCACAAAAAUAUUGCAUUUGCUUUGCUUUCUGAUCUUAAGUCUCUUUACGGAUUUCACCACAGUUCGUUUCGUGCGACAGAAAAAAAACUCCCGUAAAGCAUAGCAAUAAGUUCAAAAAUUUAAUGGAAGAUUAAUUUUUUGAGACAAAAAUACCAUUAUAUAAAAGAAUAUAACUCCAACUCCAACUGACCAUGUAAUAUCCUCUUCUUCCCAUUGUCAUGAUUUAAAACAACAAAGCCUACAUUGGUGAAUUCGAAUGCGCUUUUAAGAAUUGUAAAGACUCUCGAACGAGAAGGUUCAAUAAGGCUCAGCACAGCUGUUCAAAGCUGUUUAACCUCCGGUUUUAAAUGUGAUUAUUUAUCGCGCUUUUAAAAUGCAUCCUCUAACUUAAGAAUAACAACGUGUUUUAUAAAAUAACGACGUCUUAAUGGAAAGGUCCGACUCCUCAUUAACGAGCGACAUUUACAAGCGUAUCAAAUUCACCCUUUCACAGUCCGAGCGUUUUAGAAACUUUUAUCAUCCUGUGGUCUGGAUAAUUAGUUAAAACACACUUAUUUUUGGCAGUUUGAAGUUUUAAACGAUUUCUGUCAGUUUUAUUUGCCUUUUUGCGUUCCACGCCCCAUUUUACAAUCUUUAAUUACACUUAGCAAGCAACAAACUGACAGCAAUCAGUUAAAAAGGAAUUAAGUCUUCAUUACAGUGAUGGAAAAGAUCGUUGGCUUUUAAAAAAAUAUUAAAAUUAUCCAUCUCUGCGAUGGCUAUCUUUUCUUUAUUUACUUUUUAAACGAAGUAUUGGUUUAAAUCGUUCUCACAAAGCCAACGUUUCAAAAAGCUACUGAGGCCCAUGGCUUAUUCCCAUAUCUAAACGAUGCUAAACCUACGUAUUCUUUACCAAACCAUGAUCAAAUUUCGUUUUUCUCUGAGCUAUUGCCUUACUCUUUCUUUGAAGACUUAGAGCCGAUUUUCUAGCUGCCAACUGGAUUUAAUUCGCGGCCCAGAAAUCACCACUCAACACUUUGAAAGUUCCACUCUUUUUUGUCCAUUUGAAGCCAGCGAGAUAAAGCUUUUUUUUCAAUUUGUGUAAGUUAAGUUUGGAAUAUGGACGACCUCCCUACAUUUUCUAAAGUGUCCUCCGCUUUUACACGUGGUUUAAAUUUUUUCUGUGUAAUCAGAUAUUGAGCUGAAAUAAUAGAACCUUGUAUAUAUCGAGCUCAUGCAUCCAUAAUUUUUCUUUAGCUCGGUGGUAGAGUAUCGCUCCGCGAAAGAAGGUUCGAGGUUUCUUUUCAGAAGAUCAGGCUCAGAAUUCACCUUCUUUCGUAAUAUAUUCAUGGGCUAAAUCUUUCAAUGGAAAUGUAAAUGUAAAAGCCCGUAAUACACUGACGUGUGCUUUUGCGUUAAAAAGGAGAUCCUCAUGAUGUCCAAUAGCUGGACUGGUAUAACUUUUCUGUUGUCUCAGUCGUCUUUAGUUGCAUGAUUUCUGUUCGAAGUAAGAGGUAUCUUCCGAUGGUUUAUCGUUUCCCAUUGAUUUCAUAUCCUCCGAACUCGAGACUUAAAGUUAGUCUCGCUCACAUACCGAAAUUCAAACAAAUGUAAUGAGGAACUGAUGAUCUAAUGGUAGAAGAUACCACCGCCCCUUUUUAAAAGCCUCGAGUUUGUCACGAAUCCCCAAAUAUAUAGUAUUAUACGUAAGAAGAACAUGAAAAUCAUGUGAAGACAUAAUUGUCUGUGCCUUUAUAUCUGAGGACUGUGGCGUGUCUUAUCCUUAACUUUAGUCGGCGUCGUGCGUGCCGGAUGGUACUCUUCGAUGGUUUCUUUACGUGUCGAACUUGUCUUGUUUUGUUGGGUUUUUUUUAAUAUUUAAUUCUCAAUGAAAGGACCAAUCAGAAGAGUAUAGGUUGUUUUCUUAGUGCAUAACUUAAGAGGGGUCGUCAUUUCUAAUUGUAACAGGAAAAAAGCCUUUGUGAGAAGACAUCAUCUGUUCAGUGUAGAAAAUUGCCUUCUGUAAUUGUCCUAGCAUUGUCAACUGUGUAAAUAAGUCGACUUUUGUCUCCUGAAAAUAACUAGUAACAAUUUAUUCAACCUUGGGUUCAGCAAAAAUAAGGCAGAUGUCACGAAAGUUCCUGUUAACUACCUUAUGAAAUAGCAAAGUUUACCUUUCGAUGAAAACCUGAACACAAUGAUGGACAGUUUCAUUGACAGUUUCCUUUUCUCUCGUCAUGCUUGCAUUGUCUUACAUGUUCUGCAGACGGUGUACAUCUGCAAAAGUACAAAUUAACUUCAAGUGCUUAACUCUGAAUGCUGGACUGUGACUUAUUUAAAACGAGAUCAACCGACCUGGCUUGGCUCUAAGCUGUGGAAAACCUCUGUUAGUUGAGCAACUUAACUCACGCAAAUUGAAUCCGGUCCGAACUUUUUUUUUAUACAGUUAAGACCCCGGUUUACGUUACUAUUUUGCAGUGCUUCAUCUCUCAAGAAAUAUAGUACGAUCAUGGAAUCAUUUUGAAAGUGACUCAGCUAUUUUUCUGAGAGAUAAUCAUGAGUAAUUCACUCCCUGGCACGGAAUCACAUAAUUCAAGCUCGAAGACUUCACAAGAUCCGUUCUACUCUGUUCUUAUGGCUAAUGCUAUCCUCAACAUUUGUCUCUGUUAUCCAACCAUUAUGAUGAACAUUCUAGCAAUUCAAGCUUUGAGAAAAACGCCUUCGCUGUCAAAAAAUUUAAAAACAUUGCUUUUAAAUCUUGCUGUUUCUGAUCUUAGUGUUGGCGUACUGGGUCAACCACUGUAUAUCGUUCGGCGAGUGGGCCAACUACACGGCAACUUGCAUAAACUGCGUACUUCCUUUUCCAUUGUUGCCAAUGUCCUCUUUCUAUCGUCUUUUUGUGGUGUAACGGCCGCGAGUGCAGACAGAUUCGUUUCCAUUUGGAAGCCUCUGCGUUAUCCCCAACUGGUGACUCACGAACGAGUGGUUAUCACGAUCAUUACAAUAUGGCUUUUAAGUGCAUUUCUUGGACUUGCGAAUGUGUUCCUUCUCACAGAGAAGAUGUCUUUUGUGAUAUUUUUCAUAAUCGAAUUAUUUUGCUUCGUUUCCACCACAUGGUUUACUUUAAAGGUUUAUUUAACGAUCAGACGUCAAAACUUACAAAUUCAGGCUAGAGCACAUUCAGCUCAAAACAGCCAUAUCAUGAUAAAAGAUGCCACGCUUAACAAAUCUGCUCAAAGCACAUACUGGAUUCACUUUGCAUUUUGGGCAUGUUAUUUUCCCCAGUUUUUUGUCAGCUGUUUACGUCAGUUUAUAACGCAUCCACAUCAACAACAUACUUUCAUGAUGAUACUCGUGUCUUCAUGGACACUGGUCCUACUUAACUCUGCGCUCAAUCCAAUAAUUUACUGCUGGAAGAUGAGAAGUAUUCGGCGAACCAUGAUAGAUAUUCUUCGAAGUAUAAUUCGAAGGAUUAGGUUGGGAUUACCAUUUUGA